AAACAAGUGGUCGCCGCGGAUGUGAUGGACAUCAGAGAUAUUGUGGACACGUUUUCCGAUGAGAAUUGUCCGAAACUCCGAAACUGUCCGAAACUAUUCUUCUUUACGUGUUGUCGAAAUUCUCUGGAAACAAGCGAACCGAGAGCUGAGGGCAGGACUUUGGCCCGACCUUUCGUGGCUGAAACGACAGCACAUACCGAUCGCACAAACUUCCCGGUUAUGCAGUCAUUGAAUCAGCAAUGGGUGGACAGCAAUCGGGACACAUUCAUCUGUUACUCAUGUGCCGAGGGACGUAAAACGUUUUAUGACGACGAUUACGGCAUCACUUACUUUGGACAGGCGUUAAGCCAUUCAAUAGCUCAGUACGCGUGCGAAGAGUCGCUAUCAUCGAUAAUGAGCAGGACAUGUGAUUUGCUGAAGUUCUUCAUAAAGCAUACGGGCUUUAAUCCGCCCGAGUUUAGGGGUAAAGGACUUCGACGACAACUUUGCUUUAAUCCAUGAAAUGUUUGGGAUUAGUAGUAAUUUAGUUACUAGGUUGAUCUAGUAAUUUGUAGU